GCUGAAUAAAGUUGCCUUUGUACCUUGUCUUACUACAGGGAAGUUACAGUGAAGGACAGACUGCUAAAAUGACAGGCGGCAUAGGCGACGGUUCAGGCAAGGUCCUGACCCUCGAUGAUCUCAUCGAGGCAAUGAACAAGCGGGAGAGAACACCAAGAAGUGUCCCCAAAGUCGACACCUUCCACUUCAAUGGGGAACGAGCUUCUGAGUGGCUGGACCUAGUGGAGCAAGCCUUAGUGGGAGUACCAGACGAGACAAAAUUCAAACACAUCCUGCAGUAUGUGCUCCAUAAGCACCAUCCGGAAGUGCAGAAGGUGGUCGACGACGCUAAUGGCGAUUGGGCUAAAUUUAGGGAAGGGAUGCAGCGGAAGUAUAGGUUGGGGGACGGCUUGCUUACUAUGGCGGACCUAGAGGCAAUGAAUAGGGACGACUUCACCACCAUUGGGGCAUUCCUGCAAGAAUUCAAAAAGAAGGCGAGAAAGGUACAUGGGAUAUCAGAGGAGGCGUACAUGCGGGAAUUACGAAGUGAUUACCUGCCGGAACACUCGGUCACGGAGCCUGGCUUGUUCACAAUCGAGGAGUCAGAAGACGCGCAUCGGAGGCUUAUGGAAGAGCCCGAGGAGGAAGUAGAAGGUGAAGCCUUCUCGCUCAGCCUGUCGGAUGUGGGAAAGGCCAUGGAUAUAGUGGCCAUGCACAAGAUGGCCAAUCUGGAUGUCAUUCAGGCGUUGAGGGAGCAGGUUCUGGAGUAUCCCAAGGUAGGGGAAAUGGAGCUGGUCUAUCGGUUUCCUAAGGGGAGAAUGGAUCCGGCGGUGGCACAGGCAUAUGCACGAGCGACAAAGGACGAGGAGGUGUACUACGAACGGGAGCGAGCGUUGAUACGGCGAAUGAGGGAAAAAGCGUUAGAAGGGCCAUGCCAUAUCAAUGAGGAAAACAAAGGAAAGUUGAUAGUGGGAGAACCGGACUUCCUAUUACCGCGGGAAAGAGCCAUGAUGGUGAAACUGAUGAAGAAAAGACAUCGCGCCUAUGCUUUCAGUGACGAGGAGCGUGGCAGGUUGGAUGUGGACAAGAUUCCAACGAUUCGCAUCCAUACCGUGCCACACGAGCCAUGGAACCUAAGGUGGGCACGAUACCCUGACCCUUACGAAGAGAAGAAGGUAGUGGACUACCUCGAUGAUAAAAUACGUACGCACGUCGCCGACUACUCGAGCGGACCCUGCGCAUCCCCGUGGUUUUGUCUUAUUACACCCAAUGGGACGCUAAGGUCCUUCAUCAAGAACUUUGCGGCAAAGACAGAGCAAUUAAGGAAGCUGGUCCGGCAGGAUCAGGAGUGGACCUGGGGUGAGGAUCAGGAAGAGGCAGUGGCCAACAUGAAGGAGGAGUUCCGGGAAGGAGGAUUGGUGCUGGGAGCGCCCGAUUAUGACGCUAAGGAGACGAUACCAUUCAUUGUGGAGAUCGAUGUAGGACCGACGACCUUGGGUGGAGUUCUAAUCCAAGCAGACAUCAAGGGGAAGGAGAGGCCGUUGCGCUUUGAGAGUCGCACGCUGAGGUUCAUCUUAAGGGUAGACCCAACGACUCUGGCGUUCUCCCUGAGGAAUUAUGUUCCGUCCGAUCCAACAGUUGCCAGGUGGUUGACAUACAUCUGGAUGUUCAACUUCGAGUUGGAACGAAUCCCAGGGAACAAGAACAAGGCAGAUGGACUAAGUCGCAUCAACUGGGAUAGGCAGGACGGGGAAGCUGUAGAGGAUACGCCCCAAGUUUAUGGCUUUCUGGACCAGGACGAGGACAUCCGCCUCCACAUCAAUAAGUGGUCCCCACGAGUCCCCAACUGCGUUGGCCAUCCUAUCUGGCAUGCGCCUAAGGGGUAUGGGCAGAAAGCUGAGUUGGUGCUCAAGCCUUUCGAAGAGGAGGAUCCCWGGGGUGGUAAGGACGUCCAAUGGAUGACCAAGUUGACACUCGUAGGUAGCCAUUGUAUGGUGGAUGAGGUACUGACGAUAGAGGAGGGUCCGGAUAAGGUAAAACAUCACCAGGAAUUAAUGGGAGGGAUGUGCCUCCUCGUCAAUGCGCUCCUGCAGGAGUCCCUUGAUCGAGAAAGCUCACUAAAUUCGGUCGAAGGAAGAGAUACUGCGUUGGAGAGCCAGGAUGACGAGUUCAAAGAGGGAGAGAUCAAGGAGGCAUUCCGCGCAGAGGAGUAUGAUGGGAUUUACCUAGAGCUGGGACUUCUCUUAUCCUGCGAGAUGCAUGAUAGAGACGCAAGCCAUAGGGCGCAGAUGAUGAGGGAUCACUACCUAGUAAGGGACGGUCAUCUCUUCGUAAGAAGGAAAGUAAGGAACCCCAGGCGUGUGGUAUGUGGUCGCAACCGUCAGAUCGACGUCAUAGCGGCGCUUCAUGAUGGCAUUGCAGGCGGACACCGGGGAAUUACUGCCACAUAUGUCAAAAUAAGUGAGCUAUACUAUUGGGACGGGAUGAUGAAGAUGGUUGGGAAAUUCUGCCGGUCUUGUGUGCCGUGCCAGGAGCAGUCCCGUCUAAAGCUAGGAGAGCCACUGCAUCCAAGGCUGGAGAGAGAGGUUGGGGCCGUAGUACACCUCGACUUAUUGUUCAUGCCCCUUGGGGACCAUGACUACAAUUACAUCUUCGAUGCGCGCGACAACCUAUCUGGCUUCGUAGAUGGACGGAUAAUCCGUACGAAGACUGGGCCAGUUCUGGUCAGCUGCAUCGAGGAAUAUUACCUACGCUACCCGUUCGUUAGAGAGUUCGUAAUGGACAGGGGAUCGGAGUUCACCUGUCAGGAGGUGCAGGAGCUGCUGUCAAGAUAUGGGGUAGUGACUAACUACACCAUGGCCGCCCACCCUCAAGCGAAUGCCCCCGUUGAAAGGGGGCAUAGCACCAUUACGGCCUUGCUAGCGAAAUGGACAGAAGGUAAGCCCUGCCAGUGGCCGAGAUAUCUGAGGGCCGCCUUCUUCGUUGAGAACAUCACAGUGAAAAGGACCACUAAGUACGCGCCGGCCACACUGUGGUAUGAAAGACAUGCUACCUUUCCAAUCGAGAGUUUCCUAAAGACUUGGAGGCGUCAGGACUUGGAGGUAAAUCUGUCUUUCGAGGAGUUGCUCGAUAUAAGAGUUCGGCAGGUGGGUGCGAUUGAGGAAAGGGUCCAAGAGGCAUCCGACCAUGUAGAGAGGAGCCGUAUGGACGAUAAGGAUCGCUGGGACCAGUCAACUCGUGUAAGAAAGGUACCCUUGGUAGUUGGGGACGUCGUGCUCUUGUAUGAUUCAUCCCUGGAAAAACAAUGGUCCAGGAAGCUGGACAAGAGGUGGUUAGGUCCCUACCGGGUCAUGCGAUGCGGGGAGUUCGGUGCAUACCAGAUCGAGGAGCUGAAUGGAGCAGAGUGGAAAGACUGGGUGUCAGGGACGAGGUUGAAAAAGUUCGUGGCCAGAGAAGAGGCGCUUGCUAGGCGAGAAGAGGAGGACGUACCUGAGGUAGAAAGACAAGAGGAGCACCCCGAGGGUGUACUGGGGCCAGUAGAGUUCCACCACUAUACUGAAGGAGGAUUGGGGGAAGGGCCACAAUAUAUACAGGAAGAGAUACCGGCCGUUGAAGGGUCAUUGCAAGCAUUAGAGGCACAUCUGGACGCUGCCCAAUGGAGAGAGCCGCCGAUGAGUGAGAGGCGUAUUGAGGCUGUCGCGGAGAUACCACAAGAGGACAUUCCAGACCCUGAACAAGAGGAGGGGCCGAGUGCUACGAAGGGCCGGAUUGGGGAUGAGAUCAUAGAAGUGGAGGAGGACACUCCCCCUCAGGAACCCGCCGUGGGACUGAGACUUGGUAAUCCUCACGGGAGUCCGCCUGAUGUGAGGAGGGAGCCUCGGCAAGAGGCACCUAUGAGAAAAGUCAUUUUGGAGCCUGAGGAGGCAGAGGCCAAGAGGAAGGCUGAGAGGGAAGCCUUCGAAUUCAGAGCCCCUACGGAGCUUGCGGUGCUACCCACGAUGGCUGCAGACCCUGCCAUGCCACCGUCACUUGAGGAGAGACUGCCCCCGGCCAGUGACGAGCCUCCCCAAGGCUUGACAGGAGGUUCCUUGGACGUGCUACUGGAAGCAGUCCACUCUAUGCAGGAGGAUGAUGGCUUGUUUUCACCAGAGUCCAAGUUGGAAGAACCCCUGGAGAGCGAGAUGGGAGGUGCAAUGGAGGGCAUCAUCGCAGGCAGGCCCCAGAGGUUGGAUACUCCUGACUAUGAGCCAGAGGAAGCAAGGGCGCAACCAGGGCCUAGUUCGCGAGAGUCGGAGGCAGGAUGUGAGAGACCCAGAGAUGUGCCUCCGUGCCAUGAGUCGGACAGAGAGGCCAGGGAAACCCCAUCGCCAGUAGGGCCCCAACGAAAGAAGAAAAGGCCUAGGAAGUCUUUUGACUCGACCUGCUUCUAUUGUACGAAAGGAGAGCACAGGGCAUUGCAGUGCCUCAAGUUCCUAAAGGACCAGGCAGGCGGGAAGGUCUCGGAGUAUGAUGGGAAGAUGCAUGAUAGGCAGGGUAGAGUGGUGGAAUGAUAUGUAGAUGGGGGUAGAGCUCAGUUGUACAGGCAG